AAAUGGCCCCGUAGGGGAACAAGGAUGGUUAAUUUUGACUGUGCUAAAUUAUACCAUAAAAUAUCUGCCCUAGUUGGCAGCUAUUUGGACUUUUAUUUCUCCCGACCUCCCGUUUUUGAACUGUAGUCACUAAAUGAAGGGGUUCUGGCCUGAGGAGGCCCAUGUAUGCCUUCAAUUGGAUGGGGAGCGAGAACAGUGUUGCUGGCGAUCUCGAGACUCGGAGGGAAUGUUGACCAAGGAGCACCGCUGCGGCCGAUCGGUGGAGCAGGAACCCGAGCCCAGGCUGAGUCCGAAAAAAGCCGGAUCCCGACGGUGGUUCCGAAACGGCUGUAAGUGGAAGAUGGAGGGGUCGGAGGAAGCGGCGGACGCUGGGCAGUCGCUGCCCCCAGUUUACAUUUACAGUCCCGAGUAUGUUAGCGUGUGCGACUCCCUGGCCAAAGUCCCCAAACGGGCCAGUAUGGUACAUUCCUUGAUUGAAGCAUAUGCACUGCAUAAGCAAAUGAGGAUAGUUAAGCCCAAAGUGGCCUCCAUGGAGGAGAUGGCCAGCUUCCACACUGAUGCCUAUCUGCAGCAUCUCCAGAAGGUCAGCCAAGAUGGCGAUGAUGAUCAUCCAGACUCCAUAGAAUAUGGACUAGGUUAUGACUGCCCAGCCACUGAAGGAAUAUUCGACUAUGCAGCAGCUGUAGGAGGGGCUACAAUCACAGCUGCCCAGUGCCUGAUUGAUGGAAUGUGCAAAGUAGCAAUCAACUGGUCUGGAGGGUGGCAUCAUGCAAAGAAGUAAGAUAACGACCUUUCUGCUUUCUAUUUCUUUCCUUGAAUCAGCUUUUCAUUUAUGUAAAGUCUUAUGUUUAUUGU